CGCAUGCGCCGGCAGAAGCAAACUUUGUCCUCCGGUUUUUUCUGUCCCCGCUGCCGCCGCCAUGAACGCGGAGAACUUCGAGGCCAGCGAGCGGCUGGUGAACGCGGCUUACAUCCGGCAGGGAUCGCAAGGCCGCCGCGCCCACGAGCUCCACCUACGGACGCUGCUGGAACAGGGCAAAUGUCCUGGAGAUGGAUGGGAUGAAAGCACCGUUGAACUUUUUCUCCACGAACUUGCCGUUAUGGAUAGCAACAACUUUCUUGGCAACUGUGGCGUGGGUGAGAGGGAAGGAAGGGUGGCAUCCGGGCUAGUCGCUCGCCGGCAUUACAGGUUGAUCCACGGGAUUGGAAGGUCAGGCGAUGUUUCUGCCAUCCAGCCAAAAGCCGCAGGUUCCAGCCUCUUGAACAAACUCACAAACUCUGUUGUCUUGGAUAUUAUAAGACUUGCCGGUGUCAAGACGGCCAGUAGCUGCUUCGUGGUCCCCAUGGCAACCGGCAUGAGCCUUACCUUAUGCUUCUUAACCCUGCGGCACAAGAGACCAAAGGCAAAAUACAUUAUUUGGCCACGCAUAGACCAGAAGUCCUGCUUCAAGUCCAUGAUUACUGCAGGUUUUGAGCCGGUGGUGAUAGAGAAUGUAUUAGAAGGCGAUGAGCUGCGUACAGAUCUCAAAGCAGUGGAAACUAAAAUCCAAGAACUUGGGGCUGAUAAUAUUCUGUGUGUUCAUUCUACCACAUCAUGUUUUGCUCCAAGGGUACCUGACAGGCUGGAAGAACUGGCGGAGAUUUGCAUGAAGCAGGACAUCCCUCACAUUGUCAACAAUGCCUACGGAGUUCAGUCUUCCAAAUGUAUGCACCUCAUUCAGCAGGGAGCCCGACGAGGCCGAAUAGAUGCUUUUGUGCAGAGCUUGGACAAAAAUUUUAUGGUUCCAGUAGGUGGCGCUGUCAUUGCCGGCUUCAGCGACUCCUUCGUCCAGGAGAUCAGCAAAAUGUACCCAGGAAGAGCAUCCGCCUCCCCUUCAUUAGAUGUUCUCAUUACGUUGCUGUCCUUGGGUUCAAGGGGGUACCAGCAACUGCUGAAGGAAAGGCAGGAAAUGUUUUCUUAUCUUUCAAGUGAGCUGAAGAAGUUAGCAGAAGCCCGUGGUGAAAGACUGCUGGAGACACCUCACAACCCCAUCUCAUUAGCUAUGUCACUGAAGGCACUAGAUGAACAGAGCGGAACAGAAGUUACGCAGCUUGGAUCGAUGCUUUUCACAAGACAGGUUUCUGGAGCCAGGGUGGUCCCCCUGGGCGCUAUGCAGACAGUCAGCGGUUACACUUUCGAAGGCUUCAUGUCGCACACAAACAGCUACCACUGUCCAUACCUCAAUGCUGCUUCCGCCAUUGGGAUAUCCAGACAAGACGUAGACGUGUUCCUGAAAAGACUUGACAAGUGUUUGAAGACGCUAACGAAAGGGAGGAACCAUGACAAAGAUACGCCCGUAGCGACUGAAGAAGAAAUCGGGUCUGAAAUGGAAAAGUGUAGCACCCAUGCAGCUGAAACAAAUGCCAAAAAUUAGUUUAGGAAAGAUAAAUUUCCAGGUUGUAAUAUGCAAACUGUCUUUUUGGGCAGGGUGGGGGAGAUAGUACAGUCUGCUAUGCAAUUAAAAUUAAUUUAACCAAAAUGUAAAUCACCGAGCGCCCUGUCCUAGAGCACGUUGUCCUUCUUGGCUUUUUUGAAAUGAAUGGUAGUGAUACACAGGCUCAGUUCUGGCCUGUCUCCUUUUCCUUUCACUGAUGUUUGUGCCGGAGGAUGUUACACAGGAUUGGGCUCCUAGCAAAUUUUCGGGGUGAGCAAGAUUGUCAGUGAAAUCAACAUCUCUGCUGAGGAUCUGAAGUGCUCUGUGCAAGACCAUUGUUAAUCUAUUAGUGGGGACCAAGUUAUUGGCCCUUUCUGCAAAAAUCUGAAACAUUUGUAAAAUGUUUUCAGUCCCUCUUCCCUUUUGUUCGCACUCACCCAUGCAAAUGAUUCCUGGUUGCCAUUACCUGAUUUUUCCCCUUAUUUAGUUCUGUGUUGAAUCAAUGUUUCUCAACCUCAUGCUGCAUUCUAUACUUUUCAUACAUUCAAUGUUUUGAAGGUGGGGGGGGCAAAUUAAAAAACAAGCAGCAAAAUGCUGCAGAUAAACAAGGGGGACCUGAGUAAGCUCAAAAAAAUGUCGAUGCUAUGCCCACUCUUAUUUAUUUACAAAUAAAUAUAAUAGGUGCAAAAUAAUUCUUAUUUAUUUCUCCUUCUGCAUUUUGCUUCCACCAGGAAGUUAAUUCCAAUUUACACUUUCCCCUGAAAUACUGUGUCUGAGCCUUAAAGCAGAUUCAAAAGGCUGUGUGGUCCUGAGGAAGUGGCUAGCGUGGGAUUCCGGGUUAUAUUUAACAAAAUAAAAUCUCAUUUAUCGGCUUAAA